CGUGCCACUCUGCCGGCCCGACUUUCAAUUUUUCUUACCCCAGUCCAUCUAUGUCUGAUCUGUCACCACAUCCAAUAUAUCUUAUCUUCAUCAUUCUAAUAUAACCCCAUUACUGCAUUUCUAGUUGAGGACAAUAUCAUCUCUUACCUGUAUUACUGUAACAACUUCUAAUCAGUCUGUAGCCUGUAGUCUUCCUCCUCUCUCAUUUAUUCUUAAUUCUGAAAUAGGAUGCUCUUUUGAAAAAUAAAAACAUGGUCAUGUCCCUUUUGUAUUUAAAACUCUUUAAUAAUCUUGAAUUUCCAUUGAUGUAGAGUCCAAAUGCCUUGGCACGACUUACAAAAUGUUUGUGGAUCUUUCCAAUAUUAACUCCUACCAUUUAUUUUCUCUUUGUUCCAUGGCUCAGCCAUAUUGAUCCUAUUUCAAUUAUUCCAAAACACUUUAGUCAUUUUGAUUUCGCACAAUCAUGUCUUUAGUUUGCCUGGAAAUUUUACCACACACCCAAUUUGUGUUUGGUUACUUAUAUUCAUCUUUCAUAUAUCAAUUUAGAGUAAACUUUUUCCAGAAAAGUCUUUCCUGUACUUCCAAAUUCUGGUUAGAUGACCCUUAUCUAUGCUCUUACAGUAGCAUGAAUUUUUUGCUAUCAUCACAUUCCUUAUGCUCUGUUUUUAAUGUAUGAUCACUUUUCUGCCUCCAACUUUCAGGACAGAAACUAUGUCUGUCUGUUUACCACUCUGUCCCUAACAUGUAUCACCAUGACUAGCACAAAAUAUAUGCUUAAUAAAUAUUUGCUGAACAAAUUAAUGAGUGGAUGAAUAAAAUAUUUAGAAUUAUGCCUCUGGAAGGCCUGUGUCUGCAAAAGAGAAUUCAGUUCCACAGCUAAACUGGGGCCUAGUUUGUUCAAUUUUUUAAAAAUUUGUCAGAAACUGGAUGUAUCUUACUUUAUUCAUUAGUGUUGAGCAUUUACUUUUUACUGCUGCCAGAUAAGUUUCCCAAGGAGUGACCCUAAAUAAAUGUACCAUUUACGCAGCCUGAAAUGUCUACCCUCCCCAGACAACUAUUUGCAUAUACCAGGUUCAGUUUCAAGUGCAUGACCUUAUUGUUACUGUCUUUUCUAAGAGUAUUUGCUGACAGCUAGAGACAACUAAGACCUCUCUUUCCUAUUUCCAGUUUUCCUGGGGACCUCUUGCUCACUCAGUCAAUUACAUAAAGGAGUCCUCUUAACGAUUUUCAGUUGUUUUAUAUAUUGUCUUCACAGAGAGAUCAUAACAUUUGAGGUUGGGGCUAUAUCUUAAAUAUACUUUUUACAUCCACCACAACUCUAGUGGAUUGUGGUUUAUUGUGUUAUUGACUGAAUAAUAAUAGCAUCACAUAUCACAAACAAUGCAACUCAGAAAAUAGAAAUAUAGGAGAAAAUAUAAUUAAAAUUAAUCAACAAACACACAAGAUAAAGUAAUAUUUUGCCUCAACCUUAUUUGACUUUGUUUAAAACAUGAGAAUCUGCAGAGUCGCGUGGUGGCGCUGCAGGAUAAGACCGGGAAAUUUUUGAACCGUAUGAAGUCCUGGCUUCCAUUAACCUGUGAGACUGAGAGCGCUGGAGAAGCAGGGAGGAAAAGGGUGGCUUUCAAGAGAAAACCAGGCAGCCAACACCACCCUCGCGACAGGAUUUCAAGUCUAUAGAUUCCCGAAUUUCCUGGCUGAUAGAUGAGAGGAGCGAUUCCCAAAGCUGUUUGAGAUUGAGCUGAAACAUUUCCGCAGAAAGACGUUUGGCUAAGGAGCCAUGGCGCUGGGAGAGGGGAUCCGUCAGCAGAUAAGGCAAGUGCUGCUUUUCUUUGUUUGCCUGGGAGGGUCUUUGGUGUGUUCAGAGACCUGGCGCUAUUCCGUGGCAGAAGAAACAGAGACCGGCUCCUUUAUUGCCAACGUGGUGAAAGACAUAGGUUCAGGUGUGGAAGACCUGGUUGCUCGGAAUGCCAGAGUCAUCUUUGAUGAUUAUAAACCAUACUUGUGGCUGGAUCGGCAGACAGGCAACUUGCUCUUACAUGAGCAACUGGACCGGGAGGCACUUUGUGACCUCACAGAGCCAUGUAUAUUGUAUUUCCAGGUGUUGCUUGAAAAUCCAUUGCAAUUUUUUCGGGCUGAACUUUGGGUCAGAGACAUUAAUGAUCACACGCCCACAUUCGUAGAUAAAGAUGUACUACUGAAAAUCCCAGAAGGCACUGCUCCAGGAACCUCAUUCCAAAUGGAGAGUGCUCAGGACUUGGAUGUAGGAAAGAAUGGUGUCCAAAACUACACCUUAAGUCCCAAUCCCCAUUUCCACCUUAAAUUAGAAGUGAGUGAUGAGGGCAGAAAAUACCCAGAGCUGGUAAUGGACCAAUCUCUGGAUCGAGAAAAGGAGCCUGAGCUUAGAUUAACGCUAACAGCCUUAGAUGGCGGGUCUCCGCCCAGGUCGGGAACUGCAAUGGUUCGUGUUUUGGUUUUAGAUAUCAAUGACAAUGCCCCAGAGUUUGAGAGGCCCGUCUAUGAGGUCCAGGUACCAGAAAACAGCCCUCUGGACUCCUUGGUCGUCAAGGUGUCUGCUACAGAUUUAGACGCAGGGAUAAAUGGAGAACUGUCUUAUUCAUUUUCCCACGUCUCCAGAGACAUACGGAAAACAUUUGAACUCCAUCCAAUUACCGGCGAAGUCCAUUUAAAAGCACUUCUGGAUUUCGAGUUAAUUCAGUCUUAUAUAAUUAACAUUCAGGCCAUUGACGGUGGGAGCCUUUCGGGAAAAUCAACGAUUUUAGUUCAGGUCGUAGAUGUGAAUGACAAUCCACCAGAAAUAGUCAUCACAUCUCUUACCAGCCCCAUCCCGGAGAAUUCAACACCUGAGAUGGUGGUCGCUAUUUUUAGUGUACGAGACCAAGACUCUGAGGCCAACGGGAGGAUGGUUUGCUCAAUUCAGGACAAUCUCCCCUUUCUCCUGCGGCCCACUUUCAAGAAUUUCUACACUCUGGUAACAGAGCGCCCACUGGAUAGAGAGACCAGAAACGAAUACAACAUCACCAUCACCGUCACCGACUUGGGGACCCCCAGAUUGAAAACCCAGCACAACAUAACGGUGCUGGUCUCCGACGUCAACGACAACGCCCCGGCCUUCACCCAAACCUCCUACACCCUGUUCGUCCGCGAGAACAACAGCCCCGCCCUGCACAUCGGCAGCGUCAGCGCCACAGACGCAGACGCGGGCGCCAACGCCCAGGUCACCUACUUGCUGCUGCCGCCACACGACCCGCACCUGCCCCUGGCCUCCCUGGUGUCCAUCAAUGCGGACAACGGGCAGCUGUUCGCCCUCCGGGCGCUGGAUUACGAGGCCCUGCAGGCCUUGGAGUUCCGCGUGGGCGCCACGGACCGCGGCUCCCCGGCGCUCAGCAGCCAGGCGCUGGUGCGCGUGCUGGUGCUGGACGCCAACGACAACGCGCCCUUCGUGCUGUACCCGCUGCAGAACGGCUCCGCGCCCUGCACCGAGCUGGUGCCCAGGGCGGCCGAGCCGGGCUACCUGGUGAGCAAGGUGGUGGCGGUGGACGGCGACUCGGGCCAGAACGCCUGGCUGUCGUUCCAGCUGCUCAAGGCCACGGAGCCCGGGCUGUUCGGCGUGUGGGCGCACAACGGCGAGGUGCGCACGGCGCGGCUGCUGAGCGAGCGCGACGCGGCCAAGCACCGGCUGCUGCUGCUGGUCAAGGACAAUGGCGAGCCGCCACUGUCGGCCAGCGUCACGCUGCACGUGCUGCUGGUGGACGGCUUCUCGCAGCCCUACCUGCCGCUGCCCGAAGCGGCGGCCGACCCGGCGCGGGCCGACCCGCUCACGGUCUACCUGGUCAUCGCGCUGGCGUCGGUGUCGUCGCUCUUCCUGUUCUCGGUGCUGGCGUUCAUCGCGGUGCGGCUGUGCAGGAGGGGCAGGGCCGCCUCGCUGGGUGGCUGCUCAGUGCCCGAGGGCCACUUUCCGGGCCACCUGGUGGACAUCGGCGGCACCGGGACCCUGUCUCACAGCUACCAGUAUGAGGUGUGUCUGACCGGAGGCUCAGGUACCAACGAGUUCAAGUUCCUUAAACCUGCCAUCUCUAACCUCCCGCAGCUGAGCACUGAAAGGGCGGAAAGCCACACCUUUCUGAAUGGCUUUGGUUUCAAUUAGGGAUUUGAUUAUUAUGCAGAACUUUUAGAAUGAGUUCCAUUGCUUUGUAAAAUUUAUUCAUUGUAAUGUAAUAUCCUCAUUUGGAUGACUUAAGAGUUUUCAGAAGUUUCAAUAAUUUAAGUCUAUUUCCUGCUCUAGAUACUAGCUAUGAAAAAACUAAGGGAACUAGGAUUUGCUUAGUUUUUCUACCAAAAUGCAACCUUAAAUAAUUUAUUCAAAUAUACAGCAUUUUCCCUUGAAGCUUAAUUGUGCACUCAGGUCAAUCAUAUUGUCUGGGUUUUGUGGGCCAUAGAUCCUCUUACCAAAACAGUUUUUUAUGUGUUUGAUAGUACUAUUAUAGAGGAAAAUUCAUGGUAUGAAUAAAAACACAAUUGCUUUGUCAUCUGGUUAGGUUGGGUUUUAAUCUGUUACCUUUUAAAGAUUUUUUAAAAGUAUAAUCAAUCUUUCCAUUCUACUCUUCUGCCAAAUAUUCCAGAGAAAUUUUUCUGUGUUUAGGUAUUUUUCUGCAUUAAUAUUUUGUCAACUGUAUAUAUUGCUGGCAGGUGUUGUAGUAAAAUAAAUUCUGAUCUUGUUUGGAUUAAGGCAUUUAUUUAUCCAGCCCACAUUUCUUAUCUUCAAACUUCCUGGUACCACCCAAGAGAGGUAAUCACUAUGAAGAUGUUUCCUCUAUUUUUCUUUACCUCGCGACAAUUUUUGAUUGGCCCAGUAAUAGACGCCUGAUUAAAGCAGGAAUAGCCACAUUCUCUAAACCCUAAAAUUGGCAAUUAAGGUUUAGUGUAUCUAUUUUUUCCUUGCUUGCUUGUAAGUAGGAAAUAAAUGUAAAGCAUGGAGUGAAGUAGCCUUGUUUAUUCCUGUGUAAGCUGGCAGCACAGAACGGCAUUGAGAGAGGGAUGUAAGUAGGGAGGAAGGAAAGACUAAAGGUGAGAGGGCAUAAGGGAGUAGAGUAGGUAGAAACCUAAUAAACAAUAAGUAGAGACCAAGACAACUACUUGGUCCUAGACCUAUCUGUUCCUGAUUCCUUCUAAUAUUAACUUAAUCAAUAAAUAGAAUAAAAAAUGUACAAGCUUAGAGAUAAUCUAGAGAAUUUUGUUAUAAAACUUAAUUUUGUAAGUAAUUUAACAGAAAAAUGCUACAAAGGGUUUUAUGUAAUGACUUGUUAACAGGUUUCCCUCCAUUAUUUUAUGUGCCCCUGGGUCAGUUUUAAAAAGUAGCUUUGAACUUGUUAUGGUUUGGGUGUUUACACCUUUUCUCAGAAUCAUCAUAACCUCCUUAGCACCUAUUUCUUUUAAAAAUUAUUUACUGGGUUAAAUGUGAACAGAAUUAUUUUAUAAUGUAAUAUAAAAUCUUCAGAAUCUACAAAUAAUCCAAUUUAUAUAUUAUAUGGGUUGAUUCAUUAUUUCAUUAAGAGUAGUAACUAUUUGAUUGACACAUACUCUAUCACUAGAAAGCCUCAUGAAGAAAAUUUCAAGCUUCCUGCCAAGCCUACAGGCUUAAAGUUUUCUCCUUAGAAGAGAAAAAUAAGGAUAAAUGUAAUCUGAGAGAUGACAGAUGGGAAUGAAAAGCUGAUUUUGAUCCAUUUGCUCCCUGACAUAAAUAACCAGCUUCUAUCCACUAAUAUUUUAAAAGGCAUGAACAUUAAGGGAACAUUUUUUUGCACAUUUAAUUCCAUAAUAGUUUUUAUCCACAACUGAGAUCUUUCCAUGAGGAAAAUGAUCAGAGUUUAACUGUAACCAGCAUGUUCUCAUAGUUUGAAGUUUUACUUGUAUUUCUUUCACCAUGUAGAGGAAAAUAUUCUAAAAUAGAAUGUCAAUUUAAGUGAUUUACAUCUUAAUAGAAUUAAAACAAUAUUUAGAACAAUGAUUACAGUUGGCCCAUGCUAAGUUUUCCCAGUUAUCCAGGUAACUGGGAUGCCAGAAUACAUGAUACAGUCUAUUAUUUAAACAUUAUUAAAAUAUUGGAUAAUGUUUGGUACAGUUGGGGAGACCCAAGGCCCCUGACCCCAAGAUAUUUUUCCCAUCCUUAGGAGUAAAAGAACUUCAGUUCCAUGCUAGGGUGCCAGGGUCUCAAGCUAUCCAUAAGAGAUAUGUGAGUUGCUUACUAAAAAGAAGUUGUGAUCUUUCAUAGUUGGGAAUAAGUUUAACUUGCUAUUUCAGAUUAAUUUAACUUAUUUUCUUCUGCACUUUAGUUUUUGCUGUAACUUCAUCCCUUUAUGCUUGUGAUCUUGACUUUUCCACUUUUCAAGAUCGCUGUGAAAUCUCAGCUUCAACAUGUUGUGUUUAUCUUAAUUUUAGUAAUAGAUGUAGAGGUUCUUUACAAAUUAUUUUUAGAUAAUGUAAUAGUCAGUAUAACAUGUUUACAGAGGUAUGAAGACAUUCCCUUAGACAAUAUUUACAAGUAAGUUAUCCAUAACCCUUUAAGCUCUCUAUUGGGUUUGCAUAAUAAUCCAGUUGUAGCUGGUCUAUCGCUUCAGUUUAUAGUCCUGAAACAUGUAAAUGAAUCUCUUCAUCUACUAUAUUGGCAGUGAACUGAGAGUUUAAUAGUGUAUAUUUUUUCUUUAGGAGUAGACUGAUAGCUACAUAUCUUCUUCUCAAUUUCCCAUCAGAGUACAAACUAUAAAAAUAGUAGACAUUAUAUUGUAAACUCCAUGAUGUCAAAGAAGAUAUUUGUAUUCCCAGCACUUAGUACAGUGCCUGACAUUUAAUAUGAAAUCAAUGAGUUUUGUUGAAUAAACAAAUAAAUAUAGUUAACUUUGUUCUUACAUCAUUUCCCAAAUAUCUGGCACCAUUUCCACAUUCAUAACCUCACAUGAAAAUAAUGGUUAUCAUUUUAUUUAUAAACCACCCUAUAUAUGUCAUCUGUGGUGGGUUUUUGUGUGUGUUUGCAUACAUCUCAAGUGGAAUACGUUUUGUAGCAUUUCCAGCAAACUAGGCUUAAGUACAACACAUGGUGGCGCUCUGAGCUAAGGCUGAGAAACAGACCUGAGGAUGGUUACUGUUCCAGCAGUCAUACACAGAUCUAAGAUAGAGAGUUCUUAACAGAAUUACAUUGCGGCAAAGAUUGACUCCCAGAGCCGACUGCCUGCAGACCCAACAGACACCCUAAAGACUUUUGCGACGGAGAAAU